CCAUAAUGUAGCUGUCUGAAAUCUGAAAAGAACGCCUAAUCAAAGCUGACAGCAACACUAUCGUAUACGAUAUAAAUACAAUACAGCUACGUGUCCAACGUAAUCAAUACAACAAAUAAAUACAAUUCGAUACCAUAAAUUCGAUUUGGGUAACCUGGCAUUAUUUUUAUACUCCUAUAUCGUUAGCAUGAGGACAUAGAGUUGCUUGUACUUACGGAGCCGAGAUGGGAAAGGAAGCAAGCGCGAUGGUUGCGAGGAGAAGCACCAGCCGCCGUGAUUGGAGGAGGUGGUGGUGGUGGCUGCUGCCUCUCGCCUGCUGCUUCGUUUGUUGGGUUGCCUCGUCGGCGGCGACGGUGGCGCCGGCGGCCGGUGUCGCCGUGACGAGCCUUCCUGGAUUCGACGGCCCACUGCCAUUCUCCCUCGAGACCGGAUACGUGGAGGUGAACGAGAGUACGGGCGUGCGUCUCUUCUACUACUUUGUCCAGUCAGAGAAGGAUCCUGAUGUAGACCCACUUUUAUUGUGGCUAUCAGGUGGGCCUGGCUGUUCUAGUCUCUCUGGCCUAACCCACGAGAUAGGACCAUUCCAAUUCGCCGCAAAACGGUAUUACAGUGGAGGAUUGCCGAAAAUUAUCUAUCAACCAGAGACUUGGACUAAGGUGAGCAACAUAAUUUUUGUGGAUUCUCCCGUAGGGGCAGGAUUCUCAUACGCGGCAACACAGGAAGGCUCCAAGACUAGCGAUACCAAGACAGUGAAACAGCUUGUUAUUUUCCUCAGAAAGUGGCUUCAUGAUCAUCCCCAGUUCUUGCUGAAUCCGCUGUAUAUUGGAGGUGACUCAUAUAGUGGUUAUAUUGUACCUACACUUGCGCUAGCGAUUGAUGAAAGCAAUGAUUCAGGAGAUAAACCAAUUUUGAAUCUCAUGGGGUACGUUGCUGGCAAUCCAAGGACCGAACGCCAAUUUGAUGAAGGUGGUAAAAUUCCAUUUCUCCAUGGCAUGGGACUUAUAUCCAAUGAACUUUAUGAGCAUGCUAAGGAAACCUGCAGAGGGAAAUACAAUGCCCCAGGGAACGCUCGAUGUGAGCAGUCUAUGAAAGUUAUACACGAUUGCACAAAGGACAUCAACAUGCUACAUGUUCUUGAGCCAUUUUGUGAAGACGUCGGGAGCCCCGGGAUCCAUAACAAUGAAGCGACAGAUGGAAUGAUUAGGCUCAUGCUGGAGUCUGCUUCUGCUGCUAAUGAUGACAUUAUUGAAUUCAAGUGUAGAAAAGCUUCUUAUGUGGUUUUACAAAUAUGGGCAAAUGAUAAAACUGUAAGGGAGAGUCUUGGUGUGCACAAGGGAACAGUUGGAGAGUGGAUAAGAUGCAAUUUCGAUGUAGAUUACAUUGCAGAUGUGUAUAGUACAGUGGAGUAUCAUUUGACGCUAAUGAGAAAAGGAUACCGAGCAUUGAUAUACAGCGGUGAUCAUGAUUGUCAAGUUCCCUUCACUGGUACACAAGCAUGGAUUAGAUUUCUGAACCUUUCUGUAAUUGAUGAUUGGCGACCAUGGUAUGCUGCUGGACAAGUUGCCGGAUUCACGAGAAGCUAUGCGAAUAAUAACCUGAUAUAUGCAACUGUGAAGGGUGCUGGGCACACUGCUCCAGAGUAUAAACCUAAGGAGUGUCUCGAGAUGUUUGCUAGAUGGAUUUCAGGCAAUACUCUCUGAUGUAUAUUCCUCAAUCAGAUCAAGUCAACUAUGAAAACAUGAGUAAAUGAUAACAUCAGAGAUAUGAAGAAAAACAUUUGCUGCAUGUAAUAUUUUGGAAAACCUUAAGAACUCUCACUAGUACAUAGAUAUCUAUGACGGAGACCAGUGGUCCAUAAAAGGGGCAUUCAUCUGUGUUGGGCCGAAAAUAAUCCCGUUGAAGAUUGGGCUUCACGGCCAUGCCCGUCACCGUUGUCCCCUCAUCGGUGAUGGGAUUCAGUUGUGGCCCGACACAGGUCAUCUAUGAUGGGCUUCACGCAUGCAAUCCAGCAUACAUGAAGAUAUAUUUUCUUCCUAUAUAUGUACAACUCACUUCGUGUCAUUUACAGGUACAAACCAUUGGAUCAGCAUGCAUCUGUACCAAACAAAAAUUUGAUCAAUUAUCCUUUCCUAUACAAAGGCUAAAAAAUAUAGCAAAGAACAUUGUGGCAAACACCCCCUUAUUUUCCCCUCCAGCCCAUUCCCAUUUUCCCCCAACGCAUAGCUUAGAUGACACACACACAAGGCUAGCUCAGCUCAUCUUCUUUGCCCGACAUAAUGAGUGUAUGGAUAUGACCAUAAUGUAUUGUGUUGUUAUGGUCAGAUAUGAUUAGUUUCUAUCUAUCUAUAUAUAUAUAUAUAUAUGUGUGUGUGUGUGUGUGUGUGUGUGUGUGUGUGUGUGUGUGUGUGUGUGUGUGUGUGUGUGUGUGUGUGUGUGUGUGUGUCUGAGAUAUGUAUCCAAGCCAUGUAAUCUAUAUAUAUUAGCCCUCCGAAGCACGAUACAAUGUGUCCAAUAUCUUCAAUACAUCUAUCUCUUCUUAUAAUAUUCAACAUGGCAUCAGAGUAGGCGACCUAUGCCAGCCACUGCUUAGGCUUCCGCCGUCAUCGCCCUUGGGAUGGUUCUGAUCUCUCGGAGGCAACCACCCGUUUAUGUUUUUCUUUGUUGCCGUCAUGCCUUACCUAGGGGAUUGAUCGUGAUCUCCUAGGCAUGCCUUGUUCUUCGUCAUGUUGUCCACACAACAGCAACAUGCCAACAUUGUACUUCAUCAGCACCAGCAUCAAUCGUCAUCGAUCUAGAUGUGGUAGUCAUCGUUCUCCUCGCCGAUCUGUUGCAGCUGGCCUUGAACAAUCGUCAACACCCCAUGUAGCAGGUUGUAACUUGUAAGUGGAUAUUACCUAGUUGAACUCACCAGACUAUGGCAAAGUCCUUAGACUUAGUAGUUGUUGACAGUGGUUAAGUGCAAACUUCCACCGUCAACUUCUGCAUAAAAGAAUAUAAAAUAUAAUAUCAAACUUAGUGAUAGUGUUUUUUUACUAACCUUUUCCACUAGUCUUGGUAAAUAUUAGUAUGCAGGUGAUUUCUGAAGGAAAAUACACUCGCCAUGCGACAAAAUGUAUCUCCGACCAAUUAUACACAAGAACAAGGAUUGCCGGGCCCACAUGUCAGUCAAAAUCGACUGAAUUUUAGCUAAUCCACUACUAACCGGCAUCAGGGCCCACCAGUCAUAGAGUGGAGAGCGUCUGUGGCAAGAGGCGGUAUGCCUGUUCGACCGAACCAAGGCUAACCCCCAUGUUCACCUGCUCGCACGUGGUGACCCCCUAUUGGUUGGUAAUGGUGGUUGUGGGUGCACCGACCUCCACAAACCGUCAUAUGGAGGCUAUAAAAGAAGGAGCUCAACUCACUUCGAAAACAUACAACUCAAGGGAAGUACAACUCACUUUCAUAUUUUAGGCAUCACUUUAGUAUGUGGAAUUAGGUAGAGAGUGAGAGGAAGCUCCGGAAAGAGUGUCCCAAAAAUCGGAGUUCACUUCGGGAUGUUUAGGAGGAGUGUCGGGUUUGUUGACAUUCUUCCACUGGAGUUAAGGAGAAGCGCCAGAGUUGUCGGUCUUUUUCUCUUGCUUGUACCUCGGCGGAUGCUUCCUUCAAUAAAUGCCAUGGCCGCCGCCGUUGUCGAGGCCGACGACGAAGCGAUGCACGUCGCGCUGUUCCCGUUCCUUGCCUUCGGCCACAUCAGCCCGUUCGCGCAGCUGGCCCGUAGCCUCGGCGCCGUCGGCGGGGUGCGCGUCACGUUCCUGUCGGCGGCGGCCAACGUGGCCCGCGUCGAGGCCAUGCUGCCCGCGGACGGCACGGCCGUCGUCGCGGCGCUGCAUCUGCCGCGCGUGCCGGGGCUCCCCGUGGGCGCCGAGAGCACGGCGGAGGUCGACGCGGACGGCGCCGAGCUGCUCAAGCUCGCCCUCGACGGCACACGGCCUCAGGUGGAGGCGCUGCUCGCGAGGCUCCGCCCGGACGUCGUGCUCUUCGACUUCGCCACGCCGUGGGUCGCCGACGUCGCCAGGCAGCUCGGCGCUAGGGCGGCGCACUUCUCCGUCUUCACCGCGGUCACCAGCGCGUACCUGACGGUCCCCGCGCGCCGUCGUCUCCACCACGGGGCGGCGUCGUGCCCGACCGUCGACGACCUCGCCACGGCGCCCGUGGGGUUCCCGCCGUCGUCGUCGCUGGCCACCGUGCCGACCUACCAGGCCGCCGACUUCACCUACGUGUUCACCAGCUUCCACGGCAUGCCCAGCGCGUACGACCGCGUCGCCGCCUGCGACAAGGCCAGCGACGUCCUCGUCUUCAAGACCUGCGCCGAGAUGGAAGGCCCCUACAUCGAAUACGUCGCCACGCAAUACGACAAGCCCAUUCUCGUCACGGGUCCCCUCGUGCCGGAGCCGCCGCAUGGCGAGCUGGAGGAGCGGUGGGAGACAUGGCUCUCCUCCUUCCCGGACAACGCCGUCGUCUUCGCCUCCUUCGGCAGCGAGACGUUCCUUCCAACCGCCGCCGCGACGGAGCUCCUCCUCGGACUGGAGGCCACCGGCCAGCCGUUCGUCGCCGUGCUCAACUUCCCUAGGAGCGUGGACGCCGAGGCGGAGGUGAAGAAGUGCAUGGCGCCGGGGUUCGAGGAGAGGGUGAAGGGGAGGGGUGUCGUCCACUCGGGGUGGGUGCAGCAGCAGCACAUCCUGCGGCACCGCAGCGUCGGCUGCUACGUCAACCACGCCGGUUUCAGCUCCGUCGUGGAGGGGCUCGUCGCCGGCUGCCGGCUGGUUCUGCUGCCGAUGAAGAGCGACCAGUUCUUCAACGCCGCGCUGCUCGCGCGCGAGCUCCGCGUGGGUACCGAGGUUGCGCGGCGAGAUGGCGACGGAUGGUUUGGCCAUGACGCGGUGCGUGACGCGGUGAACGCGGCGGUCGCCGACGCCGGUGGAGGGGACGACGACGAGAGGAAGUGGCGGGAGUUCUUGACGGAUGACGCCGUGCAAAGGAGAUUCGUGGAGGAGUUCGUCAGGGAGCUGAGAAAACUCGUCCUCUGAAGAAAAUCAACUUUGGCCGAGUUUAGUUACAAACUUUUUUUUCAAACUUGUAACUUUCCAUCACAUCAAAACUUUUCUUACACAUAAAUUUUCAACUUUUCUGUCACAUCGUUCCAAUUUUAAUGUAAACUAAACACACCUAAAAGUCUGUCGUGAAAUAAGGCGUGUAAAAAUAUGGUGUCAUGUUAUUGUUUGAUUUUAGUCUCUUUUUUUUUUCUAA